CUUGGGGUGCUGGCGGAAGGACGGUGCUUGCCUCUGCUGGGCACCCAUCAUACCACUGGGCCUUGACCCCAGCGGAGGAUCUGGGUCCUGGGCGCGGCCUCUGCUGCCCCUUCUCCUAAACAGUCCCCAGGUGACCACACCUGCCCAGCAUGGCGGCCCCACCACUCCCACCACCGGACCCCCAGUUUGUCCUCCGAGGCACCCAGUCGGCAGUACAUGCACUGCAUUUCUGUGGAGGGGCCCAGGGGCAGGGGCACCCACUCCUCCUCUCAGGGUCCCUGAGCGGGCUGGUGCACAUCUGGAGCCUGCAGACGUGGAGGACAGUCGCCACCCUGGAUGGCCACGGGGGCCAGUGUGUGACCUGGCUGCAGACGCUGUCCCAGGGCCACCAGCUCCUCAGGUUUAGAUGGCAUGAUGGGCUUUCAGGAGGACCCCACAGACCAGGAGCUCUUCUUGUCCCAUCAUUCGGGGUCCAGGAUGUCCACAAGGCUCACUCCUGUCAGGGCCGGGACCUGAAACUGUGCCUGUGGGACCUGGCGGAGGGCAGGAAUGCCGUCGUGGACUCCGUGUGCCUGGAGAGCGUGGGCUUUUGCAGGAGCUCUGUCCUGGCUGGGGGCCAGCAGCACUGGAUGCUGGCCGUGCCCGGGAGAGGCAGCGACGAGGUUCAGAUUCUGGAGAUGCCAUCCAAGACGUCAGUAUGCACCCUGAAGCCGGAGGCAGGUGCCAAGCCAGGCAUGCCCAUGUGCCUGGAGCUGUGGCAGGCUGACUCCAGCCCCCGGCCACUCCUCCUGGCUGGCUAUGAGGAUGGAUCAGUGGCUCUGUGGGACAUCUCCGAGCGGAAGGUGUGCAGCCGCAUCGCCUGCCACACGGAGCCCAUCAUGGGCCUUGACUUUGACUCCCAGAAGGCCAGGGGCAUCUCGGGCUCUGCGGAGAAGGCGCUGGCUGUCUGGAGCCUGGAUGAGCAGCAGACCCUGCAGGUGUGCAGAACUCAUGAGCUGACCAAUCCUGGGAUCGCCGAUGUCAAGAUCCGGCCAGAUCGCAAGAUCCUGGCCACCGCAGGCUGGGACCACCGCAUCCGUGUGUUUCACUGGCGGACGAUGAAGCCCCUGGCCGUGCUGGCCUUCCACAGCGCUACUGUCCACUGCGUGGCCUUUGCCACCGACGGCUUGCUGGCUGCAGGGUCCAGGGAUCAGCGCAUCAGUGUCUGGUCACUCUACCCGUGCACGUGACCCGACCCCCUUGUCGGCACACAUGGGCGCGGGGAGGUGGGCACCCGUGCUCUGGCCUGACCCAGGCACAUGGACGUGCGUGGGGCCUGCGGGUGGCAAGUCAUGGGGCCUCCUUCUCCGGUUGCGGGAAGAGCCCUGCCUGUGGACCCCUCGCUUUCUGUACAAGGCUUGCGUCUCUUUUUGUGAAAUAUGGCAUCUGUGCAACA